AUGCUAGAAGAUUUUACGACCGGUGCUUACGACGCUUUCGAAGCUCCAUCUCUAGAGCCAAUCGAAAAGGUCAAUUCCGCAAGAUCGAUUGUAAAUGAGCAAGCGAAUAGACAGACCUUGUCCGAAGCAGUUAAAUAUUUCAAGAUCAAAAACAUCUGGAGACCUCGGCUAUCCACCGGGAACACCACCAACACCUGUUCUUAG